UGACAGUUCACGUCCGAUCAAUACAAGCUCUAGGACUUUCCGUACAAAUUUCUCGUGAUUUUAAAUAAAAAAGGGGCGUUUAGACCUUCGCUCUACAUCUGCCAAAGAAAAUAUAAGUGUAAUUGAUCGCAAUGGCGGGGGAUCCUUGGGUAGUCCAGCCCCACGAGCAUGCCAAGUUUGCGGAGCACUUUAGGAACCUUGGCCCCAUCAACGGGCACCUCACCGGGGAGCAAGCGAAACGAUUCAUGCUUCAGUCGCAACUGCCGCCGCCUAUUCUUGGCCAGAUCUGGUCGCUGGCUGACACCAACGCAGAUGGAAAGUUGGACCUGAAGGAGUUCUCCAUCGCUUGCAAGAUUAUAAAUUUGAAACUGCACGGCAUUGAGAUACCCAAAGUGUUGCCGCCGUCUCUGCUCGCUUCUCUUGGCCCAGCUGCUCCACAGAAACAAUUCACCCCACCAGCCAAACCGCCAAUCCCCCCAAUGCCGACAGUGCAACCCCAAACCCAAUCCCAACCCUUAAUCAGCGGUUUACCCCCACAACCCAUGACCACUUCCCUACUGGGUGACUUCAAUUCACCCCCCAACCAACCCUUAGUGACUACCCAAGGACCACCUUUAAUACCACCAUUGAUUCCUCCUUCAAAACCUAUGCCAAAUUCUGUACCAGAUUUGAUUUCUGGGGUUAAACCACCUCAACCUUUGACCGGCGGGACACAACCGACGUCACAACCUUUAAUAGGAACUAAUCAGCCUAUGCCUAUAGGCACUCAGCCUCUCAUCCCUGGACCAAUGGCAUCAUCUCAGCCUUUGAUAGGUCCAACUCCUUUGAUUCCUUCAUCCCAACCUCAGCCAUUAGCAGGUAUACAAACCCCGGGAAGCAGUCAGCCAUUGACGUCAAAUACUCAAUCCCUGAUGGGUAGUACUCAACCCCUAAUGGGUAGUACUCAACCCCUGAUUGGAAGUACACAACCCCUGAUGGGUAGUACUCAACCCCUGAUUGGGAAUACACAACCCCUGAUGGGUAGUACUCAACCUCUGAUUGGAAGUACUCAACCCCUGAUUGGAAGUACUCAACCUCUGAUAGGCGGUACUCAACCCUUAAUAGGGGGAACUACAGUUGGUUCAUUGGUCAGCAGUCCCCCGAAACCUGUGACUGCGGUCUCAGGUUCUAUUCCCAGUCAGCCGGUGACUUCUACGCCUAUUACUGCUGUUAAGAGUGAAGUUUUAUCGAAACCUGGUUCCGUUGUAACCAGUCCCACUGAUCUCCCCAUGGGCAUGGUGAGUCCCCCACCCAUGGAAUGGGGCAUACCGCAGCCGCAAAAGUUGAAGUAUACUCAACUAUUCAAUGCGACGGAUCGGGCCAAGACUGGCUCAGUAUCUGGAGCCGCAGCCAGAUCUAUAAUGCUGCAGUCGCGGCUGCCUCAGGCGGCUCUAGCGCAGAUCUGGGCGCUGGCAGACUUGGAUGCUGACGGGAAACUCGGUUGCGAAGAAUUCGUGUUGGCAAUGUAUUUAUGCGAAAAGGCCACACAAGGGGAUCCGGUGCCUGCUAAAUUACCGCCAGAAUUAAUACCACCCACGUUCCGACGCGAAUCCGUAACAUCGACUGGCAGCAGCAAGUCGUACGAGGAACGCCGCAGGGAGAACCUAGCUCGUGGUCAAGCCGAGUUAGAGAGGAGACGGUCGCAGCUGGCUGACCAGCAUAUGAAGGAAAAGGCAGAAAGAGAGCGCAAAGAAAGGGAAGAAGCGGAAAAAAGAGAGAAGAUACGCCUCGAAGCGCAGAAGAAGGAGCAAGAAGAGAUGUUGAGGAAGCAGAAAGAGGAACAGGAGAAGAGAGAAGCGGCCAGGAAAGAGAUGGAGAGACAAUGCCAACUUGAGUGGGAGAAGAAGAGGACUCGUGAAUUGGAAGCCAUGCGGACUGAAGAACAAAGCAAAGUACUCAGUCUUAAAGCUAAGACUCAAGCUAUUACUGGCGACUUGAAUACUGUCACCCAGAGAGCCGCAGACCUGGCCAAGCAGAUCCGGGAUACCAGGACUGCAGUGGCUGCCGCCAAAUGCACCAUCGACGGUAUGAGGUCCGACCGCGACACAAGCAUGGCGGAAAUGCAACAAUGCAAGGCGCGUGUGAAAGAACUGAACGCCAAACAGAUCGCCCUUAACAAGGAGAAAGCAGAGUUGGACGCUAAAGCUAAAGCUACAGAAGGCGCAGGGGAAGAUGGCAAACUGAAUAUGAUGGAAGUUACUCUGAAGCAACUACGAGAAAAGGUGGAAGCAGCCAAAGCUAUAGUGGAAAGCAAGAAAUCCGACUUAGAGUCCAACAACGCCCAGCUUUCCGAACUUACCGCUCGUGUCGACGAGUUAAGCGGUAAAUGCGAGCAAGUUUGGAAACUGUACGAAGCUAAGAGGGAGGAAUACUUGAAGGGUAGAAGCACUGCCCCUGCCGACCCAUAUGCUGCACAGGAUGCAGAUUGGGGCACUUCCGACGACGCAUGGGGUGAUUCCGGAAAUCAGGAGGCUUGGGGCGAUGCCCCACCUACCACUGCAACAGAGGCGGUACCAGUAUCUACAUCGGUGCCACGUUGGCGAUGCGUAUACGAAUUCACGGCGCGAACUGUCGACGAAUUGAGUUUACAACCCGGAGAUUUGGUAAGCGAUGCGACGGCGCCGAGAGGCGAUGCGGAACCCGGUUGGAGAUGGGGGACCGCUAGAGGUCAAUCUGGCUGGUUCCCCGAGUCAUAUGUGGAGGACAUGAAUGCUCCAACCACAUACAACGAAGUCAUCGAACCGAUGGAGACCAAAACACAGUUAGAAGGCAUAGCCGAAGUACCAGAGGCUGAAAACGCAAACGACAUUGGAAAUGGGGCAGUGCCUGUUGUCGAAGGUGGAGAUUUCUACAUAGCCGCGUACCCAUACACUUCCACUGAGCCUGGUGACCUCACCUUUGAAGCAGGGGAGAGAAUCGAGGUCAUCAGAAGGGACGGCGAUUGGUGGACUGGGAGAAUUGGCAUAAGGACAGGCAUAUUCCCUUCAAACUACGUGACGAAGGACGCCACCUGUUCGCCCGCAAUCACCAGCAUUCCGGAAGCGGCCGAGCCGGAACCGGAACCGGAACCCGAGCCCGUACAGCCGGCGCCGGAACCGGAUGUUGUUCAGGAACAGAAAUCCUCCACCCCAAUAUCGGUAGAAGUGGCAUCCAUCACUGAGAAUGCAGCCUCCCGACCCGCCUCCAGCGCCAGAAGAGAUUCUGGAAGAGACUCCGCUACGAGCAGGAAGAAACCGGAAAUAGCUCAAGCCAUAGCCGCGUAUACACCUACUAGCUCUGAACAGCUAGCUCUCCAGAAAGGCCAGUUGUUGGUGAUUCGCAAGAAAGCAGACACCGGAUGGUGGGAAGGAGAACUGCAGGCCAAAGGAAGAAAUAGACAGAUCGGAUGGUUCCCCGCCAGCUAUGUCAAGGUGUUGCAAUCCACGGGGCGUACAUCCGGCAGAACGACGCCCGUUCUGUCCAAGAUGGACACGCUUCCGGCGGAAACAGUCAUAGACAAGGUGAUAGCGUUGUACCCUUACACGGCUCAGAACGCAGACGAGCUGAGCUUUGAGAAGGACGACAUUAUCGCGGUCACGGACAGGAGUCAGGACCCGGCUUGGUGGCAAGGCGAACUACGCGGCAUGACUGGACUGUUCCCCAGCAACUACGUCACAAAGCUCGUUAACUAAUUAGUUACUUAAUUAAGUAACACGCGGUGAAAAUAUUAUCUAAGUUAUUAUUAUUAUAAAACUUCAAAGAGCUAUAGUUUACCUGCAUGUUGUAAUGAUCAAAGAUUUUUCUUAAUUAAUUAUAGAUAUUAUACUGAACACUGUUAUUCAAAAUUCUAAUAAAGAUUUGAGUUAAAUUUUAUCUUCGAACGCGUAUGAAAUCAUUCCAAUUUCAUUUGUUAUUACAACAUAUUGAUAUUGGGCUAAUUCAUUAACGAUUUUCAAAGUCUAAUAAUUUUGUUCAUUUAAAUAAGAGGGUAGUUUUAUAAUUUAUUGAAUGUCAUUUUCGUUUUCUAAAGCCGCGGCUCCAGCGCGUAUUUUACCCUGCACCAUCAACAAAAACAUACCAACAUUCAACAAAAUCGUCUGCACAAAUUUUUUUUUUUCCUAAAUGACUUCGCACGGCUUGUGCAUUUAGCCAAUGUCAAGUAUAGGUAUACAAAUACUAUAGCACUCGUGGUCAAAGUAAUAAGUCAAAUCAAAGUAAGUGGCAGUCAAGUCAAUCCCCCUUUCCCCAUGUUUCAGUAAAAGUGUGGGGAUUUACUGGAACCUCCCCGUGACUUCUUGAGGGAACGUCGAAAGACACUUUCCGCUAUUUUGUUUCACUUGCCAACACUUGUGCAUGUUCCCGAACACUUGUGGUUAAUAAUCCACCAUUAUUAGACACUAACAUCUGCCACAACACAAUUUUUAACAAGUAAACAAAACUGCUGAAGUGACGCUUCCCGAUCCCGCCUAAAAGUCGCACAAAACUUUGUCUGACUACACAUAUUUGUUUGCUUUCUUUAGUUCUAUUCUUCUUUAUUGAGAAAGGCAAAGCCAUGCAGCCAUCGUCUUAUUUUUGUAUUAAUCUUCCUUUUUUUACAUUACAAUGUGGGUGUGACACAUUCUAAUGCUUCUUGGAGUUUUUAGCACGAAAUAUAUCGAGUUGGCUUUUUCGAAGCUUCUGUGAGGUAGUCAAUACUACAAUAAAGUUCUCACGUCCACUUGACCGGAAUAGCGUAUAUUUUAAAGAUGCGCAGACGGUUGUAACACAAAAUCACACCAAUUUUAUUUCACAAUAUCCACUAUGAACGAAUUUAAGAAUAAGUGAAAUAAGAUGCCAACCGCACUCGAUGAAAUCCCGCCAAAAACUCCAUAUUCUUUUGCAUCAAUUUAAUUUUGACAACUCGAUAGCGGAGGCUCUGUUCCAAACAUACGCUCCGAGUGCAACUUUUUAUGUGCGAUGCGCCAUCUUUGCUGUAGUCCCGUCCCGUCUCGUUCGUUAUUGAUUGAAAUAACUAUGUUAUUUAAUUUUAAGUGGAAAAAGAUAUUGUUUGUAAUUAAAGUUUUAACCUGUGACUUUCAAAUAAGUAUUAAUUACUAAAUAAAAAGGAAUUAUAAGAAACAAACUACCCUGUUGUAAAAUUUGCUCAAGCCAUUUAUUUUUAACAUCUAUGUAUUUGGAAUGUACUCAGUGGGGGGGAGGGGAUUGUAUCGUUUGUUGGAUGAUGUAGUUUGCAUGUUAUUAUCACGUAUAACAGAUCGAAUAUUAAUUAAUUUUAUUAUUUAUAUCUAAGAAUAAUUUCUUGUAAAAGCUCACAAUAAAUACUUAGUCUCCGAAAUCUUUAAUAACUUAUUGCAUGAGUUAGUUAAGGCCAAAUUGUAGAGGAUCUGCUUAUAAUAACUACACUGCAUUAUUUAGAAAGAAUAUUCUACUUAAACAAUUUAAUAACCUGAUUCUUGGGUUCAAAUUACAGUUGAAUCCAAAUUGCUAUUACUGAACAAGUACUUUAAAAUUUAAAAUGCUAAAAUUGAUAUAAGAAUUGAUAAUGGCGGCACUUUCGUAUCUGUUAUUUGGAAACUUGGAAUCAGUCUUUUCUUUUCACUGCAUAUAUAAGGCAUGAGACAGACUGUUUUCAAGUUUACAAAUAGCAAAUACGAAUAUCCAAGCGAAGUACCCACACAACAGCUUUAAUUAUUUCUGGCAAAUAAUAUUUUAGCAAACUAAAAUUAAGUGUUGAGUAGAGCAGAAGGGUUAAAUCAUUCCAAGACAAAUCUUAACCUCUUUCAGCUUCAUAGUACAAAGUGAUGUUGCCAGUUUUUUUGAAAAGCCUAACUUGUUUUUUUUUUAUUUGUUAUUGUUGUUAAGUAUUGCCAUUAAUGUUAUAUCGUAGGAUUGUUCGACGGAUUAUAACCAUGAGUGUACCUUAUAAUCGAUGUAGAAUAAAUGUAGAAAUAUAUUAUAUUAAUUCAUCUUAAG